ACCCAAACUUAUUAACAACAACAAAAACUUCAAGAAUACACAAACUCAGCAACAAUGGCGAAAUUUGAUCCAUACAAGAUUAUAAAUAUGAAAGCCAAUGAAGAUGGCACAUUUACUCGUCUUCUCCGCUUACCACCUGCACAAACCAACGACGAUCCUUCCUCAGGAGAAGCCGUACUCUCCAAAGACGCCAUUAUUAACCAAGCAAAAGGCACCAAAGUCCGUAUUUAUCUUCCUAGUACGUGCAUUUCUAACGGCGAACGUCUACCCAUCAUAUAUUACUUUCAUGGCUGUGCUUGGGUACACUUUUCACCUGAUAACCCUACAGUUCAUAUUGAACGUAAAUGGACUGCCGGUACACUUCCGGCAAUCAUCAUUCUUGUUUUCUACAGGCUCGCACCGGAAACUAAGCUUCCCGGCCAAUACGAUGACGCCGAAGAAUCAAUUCUUUGGACUAAAAGACAAGCCCUAGAUCCUAACGGCGAACCAUGGCUCAAGAAUUACGCAGAUUUCUCGAAAUGUUUCCUUACCGGGGCCGGCAGUGGAGGGAACAUAGCGUUUCACACGUGUUUGCGAGUAAUGGAAACGGAUUUAGACCCAUUGAAGUUAAUAGGGUUAGUAAUGAAUCAACCGUUAUUCGGUGGGCUACGAAGAACGGAAUCGGAGAUCAAAUUUGCAGCCGAUCAGAUAAUACCAUUGCCUGUUCUUGACCUAGUGUGGGAGCUAGCCUUGCCUAAAGGAGUGAACCGUGACCAUAGAUUUUGUAAUCCAAUGGUGGACGGACCUCAUCGACAGAAGAUAAAGUCGUUGCCGCCGUGCUUAGUGCUAGGGUUUGGAAUGGAUCCGUUGAUAGACAGACAACGGGAAUUUGUGCAGUUACUGAUGAUGUACGGUGCUAAAGUAGAAGCCCAUUUUGAUGAGAUGGGGUUUCAUAGAAUGGAGAUCGUUGAUGUAAAAAGCCGAGUGAUGUUGCGAGAUGCUAUAAAGCAAUUUAUUGAUAAGCAAAUUGCAUGUGAAGCUUCGAAGCAUGAGGACGGUCAUUUAGACAAAAGUGAUAGCGGUAAUCAUUUAGACAUGAAUGGUGGCAGUGUUUAGUUAGUAUAUGAGAUGAAGCAUGGAAGAAGAUGACUGCAGAGGAGAAUUUUAAUUAUAUGUAGGUUUAGCUCCAAAAUGUUUUUAAGUUUUAUUUCCUUUUGUCCAGACUGCAACUCUUUUAAUUUCGAUUUGGGGUGAAUGAGUUUAAUUGUAAGAUAGAUUCAUUAAGGAUAGGCAAAGUCACAAUUAUACCGUUUUUGUCAUAUAUAUUGCAUUUCUAAAAUUGUAAUAGUUUGUUGUGCUAAAUAUACCCUGAUUUAUCA